AUGCCAGUGGUCAAGUCUGCACCUGCCCCAGAUGCUGCUGCUCCUCCUGCAGGAGCCCCUGGAGCCCCAGGGGGAGAAGGAGCCCCAGCUGGGCCACCAGCCGCACCCCCAAACACCACCAGCAACCGACGACUACAGCAGACGCAAGCGCAAGUUGAGGAGGUGGUGGACAUCAUGCGUGUGAAUGUGGACAAGGUGCUGGAGAGGGAUCAGAAGCUGUCUGAACUGGAUGACAGAGCUGACGCUCUACAGGCCGGAGCCUCUCAGUUUGAGAGCUGUGCCGCCAAGCUGAAGAACAAGUACUGGUGGAAGAACUGCAAGAUGAUGAUCAUGAUGGGAAUUAUCGGAGUCAUUGUUGUUGGAAUCAUUUUCUUGUAUUUCUUCUCUUGA